AUGGCUGCAGAGUCGAAUACUGGUUUUCACUAUGGCGAUAUGAAUUCUAGUUUGAACUGGCAUGCAAUAUCAUUUCAAUCUGGUGCUGUUAGUAGCUUACCGGAGAUGGUUCCAAUGGGAAAUUACUUUGGGUUGAAUAAUGAUACCUCUGGGAUGAUGUAUUCUGGGAAUUCAAGUGUUACGAAUAGGAAUUUGAAUUCGUCUGUUAUAAGUCAACCAGGGAGUGCUUCUGGCUCUUCUCUUCUUGUUGAUUCUGUCCCUGGAUUGAAGCAUGAUGCAGGUUUCGCUGCUGAGUGGUCUGUUGAUGAACAGUACAAAUUGGAGGAAGGACUUCUCAAAUAUGCUGACGAGCCGAGUAUCACGAGGUAUGUCAAAAUUGCUGCUUCAUUGCGUGAUAAAACUGUUCGUGAUGUUGCUUUGAGGUGUAGGUGGAUGACUAGAAAGCGAAGGAAACCAGAAGACCACAUGGUAAAGAAGGUCAACAAUAGAAAGGAUAAGCCUUUGGAGUCAUCACCAAAGCAAUAUUUGCAGCCAGUUCUAAGUCCAAAUGUGGCGACAUACUCUUGCUGUAUAACACAACACGUGGACAGAAAUCAACGGAUAACCUAUGAUGAUGGAAUUUGUGGUCCAAUGAAACGACUCUUGGAACAAAAUGCUCAAGCUUUUAGUCAAAUCAAUUCCAAUCUAUCUACUUUCAAGUUGCAAGAUAACAUCGACCUCUUCAGUCAGACACGGCACAACAUUAGUACCAUUCUUGAAGACAUGAGAGCAACGCCUGGUAUAAUGAGCCAAAUGCCUUCACUUCCCGUGUCGAUCGACGAGGACUUGGCAAGUAGAUAUUUACCUAAUAAAACUCAGGAAAUUUCUAACUCCAUCAAGAUUUCCUACUCAAAGUGGACUACCAGUAUAGAGAGGUUGGCAUUUUUUGUGUGGAAGUCAAUUAUUUUGGUGCUGCCAUUGAGGAGUCACAUCACAUCAUAA